AUGGAAGACAUUGGACAGGACCCACUGGAUGACAUGCAAGAGAUGAUGGCGAUACCAAAUUUAGAAGUCAUAAAACAGAACCUUGACUACCUGAACUCAGACCUUGAAAAUGACUUGCAGAGACUGGAUGAGGCAAAUCAAGUUCUUCUUAGAAAAAUACAAGAGAAAGAAGAAACAAUUCAAAGUCUGGAAAGAGCCAUCACCCUGUCUGCAGGAAGAGUCAAAGAUAAGGAGUUGAAUAAGACUAUAUCUGAGAAGGAAGAUGCCCUGAGGGAUAUGGAACUAGAGACAGCAAAGCUGGAAAAGAAGAAUAAGACCCUAAGCAGGAAUGUGGUGGAGCUUCAGAAGAAGAUUUCAAGGAAAUUUAAGAAUGUUGGCCUUAAUAAAGGGAUCCAGAAUCAGACUUUGGCAGAAUUGAAGGUGAGACUACAAAAGUCAACAGAGUCCUGUGCACAGCAAGAGAAGGAAAUGGUCAAGAUAGAGAGUGACUACCAAUCUGUGUAUCAGCUCUGUGAAGACCAGGCUUACUACAUAAAGAAAUACCAGGAAAUUCUGAGGCAGAUGGAAAAGGAACAGGAAGUGUUACUGCUUGAAAAGGAAAUAUCCAAAGCCCAGAAUAACUCUUCCCAAAUAGUGAAACCUGGGUCAAUUCUGGUGGAGACCAUCCAAAGCAACAUGGAGAAGACCAUCAUUAAGAAACAGAAGAGAAUCUUUUGGUACAGGCAUUUCCGGUGUCUUGUCUUCAUGGUUAUGAUCUUCAUUAGGCUGCUGGGUUAUAUGGUUUUUCACCUGCAGUACAUAAAUCCAGACCUUCUCACCGAUGCCCUGCCUAUGGUGCUGAGCAGAGGUAACUUGAAGAGGUUGAGGGAUGUCUUAUUUCCCUUCCUCACUCUAGAGGUGGAAGAAGCUCUACCACACUAG